AUGAUCGACAUCCUGCCAUCCUCUUGGCGAUCCUUGCAGUGGUUGAGAGAGAAGCAACAGAAAUGUUCACCUACUGCUGAAGAGCAGCUGCUUGUGAGUUCACCUGGGUUCGGAGUAUUGGACUCCGGAUGUGGCCGCUCCAUCAUUGGUUGGGAUACAUUGCAAGAGUUCAAAGACUUGUGGAAAGCCCGCCAGAUGGAGAUCCCCGAGCCUUUUUCUGAGGUGAACCACUUCAAGUAUGGUAACGGCCACAAAGAGAUGUCCAAACAGGCCAUUCGUGUCCCCGUUCAUCUCGGUGGCAGGGUAGGAACCAUCAAGGCAGCAAUCGUGCAGGGCCAAGCGCCCCUGUUGAUCUCUCGCAGUGCACUCAAAACCCUGAAAGCCACCCUCAACUUCGAGACGAAUGAACUGACUGUUUUCGAUGAUCGUGUAGUCAUUCCUUUGGCCACCAAUCAAGCUGGCCAAUACACUGUUGAUUUGCUUGGCAAUCCUGAAGGCCCCAACAGUGCCUUCGAAGAAAUCAUGAUGACCACCGCCAUUGAUCAGGUCAGUGCACCAACCCUCGACGUGUCGGGUAGUGAUCCGCCGGCCAUGUCGUCCAUCGAGCCCAACAACGAGAAGCUGAUGGCUCCAGAUGCAGGUAAGGCCAAGUAUCGUCAUGCACUCCCUCCACAUGUACUCCGAUGUCAAACCGAAUUUCUGUACACGCCACAGGAAGAGUGUCUGGUCUUGGAGAGCCUGCCCAAGCAUCAUCUCCGGCAGUUGGAGGCCAUUGUUCGGGAGACGCUUGCCGUACAGCCUCAUGACAAGUCCCAGCAGUCUCAUGAUCAUGGUAAGACACUUCUAGUUGCCGAAGUCUUUUCACCGCCUCGAUUUAGCCCGGUGGUCGAACAAAUGGGCUUCGCGAGUCGUUCAUACGAUUUGCUCAACGGGUAUGAUUUUCGACGUGCCGCCGACAGGAAGCAGGAGGCAGCAAGCUGUGCAGCGUGUCCAUCAUGCCCAGAGCAGAAAUGUCAAGAGGUUUUGAUGGCCAAAGCCGAUCUAGGCACCGAAGUGCGACAGAUCGCGGGCGAAGCACACUGGCAACUAGGAUCCAUGGUUGCGUACUGGAGACAUCAGAAGUUCCAACAAGGUCAAGGGGUAGUUUUGGGAGGAAAGUGGUAUGGUACCGCCAUAGUUAUCGGUCGAGUUGGUCGAAACUAUGUGAUCGCUCAUCGCAAGCAUAUCUUUCGCUGUGCACCUGAACAACUGCGUCCAGCCACGUCAGAGGAGAGUAUCUUGGUCAAGACGUCCCAAUCUGAGCUGUUAGGAAUCAAAGAUCUCAUCCAAGGGGGUACUUUCAGAAGUCAGAACUUUGUUGACUUGGUUCCUGGACAUUAUCCACCUGAAGUACAGACUGAUCAAAUAGGCGAUGUUCCAAUGGCCAGUAAUUCGCCUGUAGUGCCUGAGCCCGUUGAUCAGCCUGGUAAGGAGUCUGACCAAUUGACUCCUCAUCCCCCAAGUACUGACGAGGGAGCUCCAAGUCCUCCAGAAGACCCUCCUGAAAACCCUCUGAUAGGUGAGAAGACCGAUGAAGAAAAGCUCAUUGAAGAGAACUCAACAUCUGGAUCCGACUUGAAGACUGCCUCGAGUUAUGGCCCCGUUCGCUCUCGAUCGCGAGUGACCAUGAAAAGUGGACCAGCGGCACUCUUUCGACCAAGACCUAUGCUGCAAGAUGACUUUGUGGAUCUCAUGACUGAAGUUGUCCCCAGACUCAUCACUGAGCAUAUCGAUAAAUCAUCAGCCGUGAAUUGGGAACCAGAUCCUGACAGCUUGCAAGACGUGUCCAGUGGUCCCAGCAGCGGUAGUGGUCUUAAGAGGUCUGCCGAUUCACAAGUGGCAACUGAAGAGCCAGCAGCUGUGCGUCCCAAGACUGAUGACACACAAGAUUCUAAAAUGGCUUGGACCUCCGAUGAUGCCGCCAAGCUGCAAGAGCUGCUCCAGAAAGCAGCUGCCAACGGUGUGCAUCCUCUUGCUGCUCUUGAGAAGACCGGCCGUCACUUUCAGGACGAUGGUUUUGAAUUGGUGACCACUGGUGGCAUGUCAGACGCCACCAAGCGGCUGGGAGAUGACCAAUUGCCUGUGGCAAAGAAGCCAAACCAAAAGAGCUCGACCAUGCCGCUGCAGACCGACGGCUCGAUGGGAUACUAUGUUAAGGAAAUGAUGCCUGUGCCACUCCCCAGCUCAUCGCUGGAUCCGGCUCCGACCUACCUGCCAGCUGGAGUGAAGAGUUUGACACAGUGGAGCCAGUCGGUCAUUGGUUUUGGCAAGUUCAAAGGCAAAGGAAUGAGCUAUGCUGACUUGAUCAAUGCUGGCACGGAAGAGACCAAGGGAUACAUCAAAUGGUGCAAGUCCCGGCAGUCCAGUGCUGGUGGUGAGUUGGCUGACUUGGCCAAUUUUCUAGUUCAGCAUGAAGCCGAGCAGUGCAAGUCGGAUAGCUCACUCGGUGAGGUCAUCGCUGGCACCAGCGGUGUGAUCGUCGUACUCUCGGCCUUGGCCGUGGCCAAUGGAAGCCCCGAAGAACUCCAGGCCGAAAUUCAAGCACUGCGCCAACAACUCCGCCAGCAGAAGGUUCUGAUCAAGGAGCAGGGUGAUCGAUUGCUGGAGGAGGAGGAGGCGCAGUCUCGCCGCCUACAGUUUGUGGAUGCGGCCACUUUGAGCACUCAGGUGGCGGCAUGGGACACGACCACCUACAACUUGGGUGGAGCCAUGGACUCGUUGUGGCUUUGCCUCUGCGGCGCGCUCGUCAUGUUCAUGCAUGCUGGCUUCGCGAUGCUGGAGACGGGCUGCUGCCGGGCGAAGAACGCCUCAAACGUUCUGAUGAAGAACUUGGUGAACGUUUGCGUGGGCACCCUUGGCUGGUGGCUCUUGGGUUGGGCUUUCGCUUACGGGAGUCAGAGUGGCACAGAGCUCUUCGGCAGUUCCGGCUUCUUUGGGGAGGGCUUCUACACGCGCGAUGCCUCAGGAAAUAUCACUCCGGUCAGCUGCGGCAGUGAUGGCUGCCAGAGCACGAUGUUGUCCUGGUUCUUCCAAUGGGCCUUUUGCACUGCCGGAGCCACUAUUGUGAGUGGGGCAGUUGCUGAGCGUGUGAAGGGCCCCACCUAUGCUGCAUUUGCCUUUGUCAUGACGAGCUUCAUCUAUCCCAUGGUGGUGGCCUGGACCUGGGGUGGCGGAUGGUUGGCGGUCUUUGAGGGCGUGGGCUACAUGGACUUCGCAGGCAGUGGCGUGGUGCAUUUGACGGGAGGCGCCGCAGGCUUGGCCGGGACCAUCGUCUUGGGGCCCCGCAAGGGACGCUUCGUGAACCCCGAGGAGUUUGACUGCCACAAUCUUCCGUUGGUGGUGCUGGGAACUUUCGCGCUUUGGUUCGGCUGGUAUGGCUUCAACCCAGGGUCCACCCUCACGAUGAAGAGCGCAAGCGAUGGUGCUUUGGCAGCACAGGUGGCGAUGAACACGACUCUUGCUGCUGCCACAGGUGGAAUCACCGUGUUUGUCCUUCGCUAUUUCAUCACGAAGAAGUACGAUGUCGGUGGCUUGUGCAAUGGUAUCCUUGCAGGCUUGGUCUCCAUCACAGCAGGCUGUGGAAGCAUGGAAUGUGGUUCCGCCUUCGCUACUGGAUUGGUGGGAGGCAUUGUCUACCAGCUUGCCUCCAUGCUUCUCCAGAAACUGAAGAUUGAUGACCCUGUGGAUGCCAGCCCUGUUCACGGCUUCUGUGGCAUUUGGGGAUGCCUGGCAGUGGCUUUCUUCGAUUGGGGCAAGGGUUUUGAUCAUUACCAUGCCUGGAGUGGAUGGGGCUGCAUGACGGAUGCGAAUGGUUGCAAGACCGGCAUCAAUGGUAUUGGGCUUGGAGCGAACUGCAUCAUGGUCCUUGUUAUCAUUGCCUGGUCGGGCACCAUCGCGGCGAUCACCUUUGCGGUCUUGAAGUGGUGGGGAGCUCUUCGUGUCGACGAAGAGACGGAAGACAUGGGCAUGGACGCCAAGUCUCACUCCCCACCUAAGGCAUAUGCUUUGCCGACGGCUGCCUAA